AUGGCCAACACGGAGAACCCCCCCGCCAUUCCUCCCCACCAGCCCACUCCACCGCUGACCUCGACAAACACCACCCCGCGCUUCUCCCCGGAGGAUGUGACCGUGGUGUUCCUGCUGGGCGGCCCCGGCAGCGGCAAGGGCACGCAAUCCGCCAACCUCGUGCGCGACUACGGCUUCGUGCACCUGUCCGCGGGGGACCUGCUGCGCGCCGAGCAGGUCCGCGAGGGCAGCCAGUACGGCGACCUCAUCCGCACGUACAUCCGCGAGGGCAAGAUCGUGCCGAUGGAGAUCACGGUGGCGCUGCUGUCGAACGCCAUGGCCGAUGCGUUGGCCACAGGCUCCGUGGCCGGCGGGCCCAGCACGACGGGCCAGAAGAAGAAGGCCCGCUUCCUUGUCGACGGUUUCCCGCGCAAGCUCGACCAGGCCGUUUUCUUCGAGGACACCGUCUGUCCGUCGGAGAUGACCCUCUUCCUCGACUGUCCUGAGGAGGUCAUGGAGACGCGCCUGCUGAAGCGCGGCGAGACCUCCGGCCGCGAUGACGAUAACGCCGAGUCCAUCCGCAAGCGCUUCCGUGUGUUUGUCGAGACUAGUAUGCCUGUGGUGCGCGCGUUCGCGGAACAGCACAAGGUCCUGUCGGCGUCUGCUACGGGGACUGUGGAUGAGGUGUACGCUCGGAUCCAGGAGGGAUUGGAGAAGAGGGGUAUGCAGCCUAUCUAA